CAGUCUACCAAGUAGGAAGCAAAUUUGCCCACUUCAUUCAAAAACCCCUUGUAAACAGUUCGCUUCUUUGGAAGAGAUGUGGAGAUCGUAAGAAUUAUAUAACUAACUUUAGUUUUACGUUCGUAAGUAGUUAGAAAUGUUUGUGAAUUUCUACUCCCUUGCUAUUUUCCUUUCCUUUCAAUACUUGUGCCAAGCAAAGGAAAACGUGACUCUGGGAAUACUGUUCAACGAAGAUCGCUCACAAUCAGAACUUCCACUGAAUAGUACUAUACUCAGUAAUAAUAUUCAAGCAAAGAAUUCCCUAAUAUUCUCCAGCAAUAUUCAAUACCUACCAAGUUAUGACAUAUUCGAAACAUCUAAAGCUGUUUGUGAUUUAUUGAACUCCGGAGAUGGACUCAUAACCAUUUUUGGUCCUCCGACAACCGUCAUAAACCCGGUGAUAGAGUCAAUAUGCAAAACAUUCGAAGUUCCGUAUAUCUCAUCGUCAUGGAGGGAAACGACUCAAGAUCAUUCUCAAACUUUCCUCAAUUUCUAUCCCGAGUCCGGUCGACUUUCCAGAGGAAUAGCUGCGAUUGUGAAGAGUUUAGAAUGGAAUGGGUUUGUUUUGAUCUACGAAAAUGAAGAGGGACUCAUAAGAUUACAAGAAGUUUUGAAGCUCCAAACUUGGGAGAGAAAAAACAGUCAGGACUUCAUUCGUGUGGAACAACUGAAAGGCGGCCCAGAUUACAAGUAUGAUAUAGUUAUUGACGCUCAUACUCUGGACUUCUCUAACUUGAAUACAACUGCAAAUAUUACAACAAUAAGGAUAUUUGAUUAUAAAAGUGAUGAGUUCAGAAAUGUUGUUUUCAAGUGGUCUCUUUCACAGUUUCAAUACUAUAAUAGAAGAAAUGAACUGACUUCAAAUUCUAUCAAGACUGAAACUGUUGUAUUUCACGACGCCCUGUUGUAUUUGACAGAAGCUCUAAAUGAGAUGACGACUGUUUCUAAUAAUAGGAUCAGCUGUUUCGACUCAAAAAAAUUCCCGACUGGACCUGCACUAAUUGAUGCCAUCAAAAAUAUGGAUUCUCUCGACACCCUAACAGGGCCUAUUAAGUUUGAUGAAUAUGGAAACAGAGUUGACUUCGACCUAUUUCUUUAUAAUAUUGUCGACGAAGAGCUUAUUGCUACAUGGAUAGGAUCAAACGAAACCCUCAUUUUGGCCAGGAAUUAUGAUGAAACAGCCAACGCUGCUGUUUCUAAUUUGAAAAAAAUCAAGGUUAUAGUUUCUACAAGAUUAGGUGAACCGUAUCUUAUGAAAGUUGAAGCGAAAAAUGGCGAGGAAUUAGUUGGCAAUGAUAGAUACGAGGGGUUCUCCAAAGAUUUAAUGGAUCAAAUAGCCGAACUUAUUGAUUUCAAAUAUGAAUUGAAUUUAACUCACAAUAACAAAUAUGGCAGUUAUGAUGAAGAAAAAAAGAGAUGGAAUGGAUUAGUUGGAGAUCUCUUGGAUAAGAAAGCACAUCUGGCUAUAUGCGAUCUGACAAUUACGCAUCAACGCCAGCAAGUUGUAGAUUUCAGUAUGCCCUUCAUGACUUUAGGCGUCAGUAUCUUACACAAAUAUCCAGACAAAAAAGAGACGAACACGUUUGCCUUCUUAGAUCCCUUUGCCACGGCAGUUUGGAUUUACUCGGCUACGUUGUAUUUGGUGGUGUCCGUAGUACUCUUUUUCAUUGCAAGAAUGACUCCUGGUGACUGGGAAAAUCCGCAUCCGUGUGAAGAACAUCCUUCUGAACUUGAAAAUAUUUGGGAUAUCAAAAAUUGCCAUUGGGCUACUCUGGGUGCUAUAAUGAACCAAGGUUGUGAUAUUCUGCCAAAAGGAUGGUCAUCUAGAAUGGCUUUAGCCAUGUGGUGGUUUUUUGCUCUAAUCAUUACUAAUUCGUAUAUCGCUAAUCUAACCGCAUUCUUGACAAAAGAUAAGAUGGAUCCACCUAUCAAAAAUGCCGAAGAUUUGGCAAAACAGAAUAAAAUCAAGUAUGGAAUGUUAGAAGGUGGUUCAACAGAAAAUUUCUUGAGAGAAUCUAAUGACUCUAUUCUGUCGAGAAUGUAUAUAAAUAUGAAGUCACAGAGACCUAGUGUCUUGGAGAAAGAUAAUAAAGAUGGGGUUCUCAGAGUUCUCACAACAAAGAACGGAUUAUAUGCAUUUUUGAUGGAAUCUACUCAGAUAGAAUAUGAGAUAGAAGAAGAAUGUAAGCUGAAGCAAGUUGGUGGCUGGCUAGAUAGUAAGAGCUAUGGAAUUGCAAUGCCUAUGAAUGCGCCUUAUAGAGGAGCUAUCAAUAAGGCAGUACUGAAAUUACAAGAAGUCGGAAAUCUGACAGCUCUAAAACAGAAGUGGUGGAAGGAAGUUAGGAAAGAACCUUCUUGUGAAGAAUUACGAAAUAAAGGAAAGGAUGAGAAAGAAGGUGAUUUGGAUCUGAUCAAAACUCGUGGUAUAUUCCUGGUACUGGUAGUUGGCGUAUCAAUAGGUCUGGCCUUUGGGCUGGUCGAGUUUUUAUGGAAUGUUCGGAAUGUUUCAGUUGAGGAACAUGUGUCAUAUUUUGAAGCUCUUAAGCUGGAAAUGAAAUUUGCGGCAAAUGUGUGGAUAACUAGAAAGAAAAUCAAGCCCGUUUUGUCAGAAUCAUCUUCUGAGAAAAGUGUAAGAACUGAUAAUAAAAGCAGGAUACAUAAUUUCCUGAACAGUGCUAGUUCGUUCAUGAAUCUCAAUACAAUUGCUCAACAAUAAAUUGUUUUAGAAUAUUUCACUUAAUAAAGUUGUUUGAAUCGAA